CGCGGGCCACUGUCCCUCCCUCCCCUUGCCUCCCCUGGGGCGCGCGGGCGGGGCGGGGCCGUCCCUUCCGGGGCGCCGCCACUCCCACCCCCCCGCAGCCGGUGACGCGCGCGGGAGCCGCAGCCGGGCGCCGUAGCCACCAUGCGGGCCGAGGGCCACGGCGGCCUGGAGCGCUUCUACAGCCCGGGCAAGGGCCGGGGGCUGCGCGCCCUGCAGCCCUUCCAGGUGGGCGACCUGCUCUUUGCCUGCCCGGCCUACGCCUCUGUGCUCACGGUGGGCGAGCGCGGCAGCCACUGCGAGCACUGCUUUGCCAGGAAAGAAGGAUUGUCGAAAUGCGGAAGAUGCAAGCAGGCAUUUUACUGCAAUGUGGAGUGUCAGAAAGAAGAUUGGCCCAUGCACAAGCUAGAAUGUUCUCCCAUGGUCGUUUUUGGAGAAAAUUGGAAUCCCUCAGAGACUGUAAGGCUGACAGCAAGGAUUCUGGCCAAACAGAAAAUCCACCCAGAGAGAACGCCUUCUGAGAUGUUGUUAGCUGUGAAGGAGUUUGAAUCACAUCUGGACAAGUUGGACAACGAGAAGAAGGAUUUGAUUCAGAGCGACAUUGCCAUGCUUCACCAGUUCUACUCCAAGCACCUCGAGUUCCCCGACCACGACAGCCUGGUGGUGCUGUUUGCACAGGUUAACUGUAAUGGCUUCACCAUUGAAGAUGAAGAACUUUCUCAUUUGGGAUCAGCGAUAUUUCCUGACGUGGCACUGAUGAAUCAUAGCUGCUGCCCCAAUGUCAUUGUGACCUACAAGGGGACGCUGGCGGAAGUGCGGGCUGUGCAGGAGAUCCUCCCCGGGGAGGAGGUGUUCACCAGCUAUAUCGACCUCCUGUACCCCACGGAGGACAGGAACGACCGGCUAAGGGACUCCUACUUCUUCACCUGCGAGUGCCAGGAGUGCACCACCCGCGACAAGGACAAGGCCAAGGUGGAGAUCCGGAAGCUCAGCAACCCUCCAAAGGCGGAGGCCAUCCGGGACAUGGUGCGGUACGCACGCAAUGUCAUCGAGGAGUUCCGGAGAGCCAAGCACUACAAGUCCCCUAGCGAGCUGCUGGAGAUCUGCGAGCUGAGCCAGGAGAAGAUGAGCGCUGUGUUCGAGGACAGCAAUGUGUACAUGCUGCACAUGAUGUACCAGGCCAUGGGCGUGUGCCUGUACCUGCAGGACUGGGAGGGCGCCCUGAGGUACGGCCAGAAGAUCAUCAAGCCCUACAGCAGGCACUACCCUCUGUACUCGCUCAACGUGGCCUCCAUGUGGCUGAAGCUGGGUCGCCUCUACCUGGGCCUGGAGAACAGGGUUGCUGGUGAGAGAGCCCUCAGGAAGGCCCUCGCCAUCAUGGAAGUGGCUCAUGGCAAGGAUCACCCCUACAUCUCCGAGAUCAAGCGGGAAAUUGAAAGCCGCUGAGCCCCUGCCGCUUGCGGGUUUCUACUCGGCCUGCGAGGGACUCAAGCAUCUCCGAUCUUGCGCUGCCUGGAGGAGCCACGGUGCAGACGCCUGUUGCACGCCGAUCCUGCCCUCCCCGAUCCACCCUCAGCGGCCGUACUUCGUCCAGCCUGGCGUCAGAUUAAUUUUGGAUGCUGGCUUUUUCCUGCGAGCUCAUGGCAUGGUCUCACACCUCACACAGCUGCGGUUACUUUUCCCUUCAUGCCUAUAGUAACGCUCCGGACAAACUCGAAUGACGGCAGAGAAUAAAAGCGAUGCAUUGGC